AUGCCCGGAUCGAAAAUUCGACCGUCUAAAUUUUCUGCAGCCAAGAAAAAAGUAUCCAGAAAGCAACGCGCAGCAGUGUCCAACCAAAAGCAUUUGAAGAAAGGCAUUGCUUGUAGCAAAGACUCGAAGGCACCUCCACAAUCGUUGCUUCUGGCCAAUUUCAAGCAAGACUGGACUUUUGCAGACGUAGCCACGUGGUCAGACUUGAAGGCGAAGACGCUGCUGCGAGAGACGGGCUGUUUACCGUCACCGAGAGAGCAACUGACAUGCUGGCAAUGCGGUGACACUCUGGUUCCUGCUUCAUCUUCGUCCAGAAGUUCGAGCACAGAUGCGCUGGAUACGCUCCAAUGUCCUCAAUGUCGCACUGCCUCGCGACACCCUCUGAAGUUAUGCAACGCCAAGCAUGCCUAUACAGUGUUUUGGACAUCCAUGAAUCGAGGCUUCUCACCCCAAUACAAGUUAUUUGUGCGAACCGCUUUCUUGUUUGGCAUCAAAGUGCCGUUGGACAGCAUGCUGCAUUGUGUUGGCGAUUCUGAAAAUCCAGUGGGAAGAGAUCUGUUGAGAAAGUGGAUCGAUUUUUGCAAAUUUGCUCUAGCAUUCUGCGAGAUAGAAGAUCAGCAGAAAAUACUGUUCAAACAGGAGAUUGUGGAGAUGGAUGGCAGCAAAACUUUGAUUCACAAGGGUACCAGUAAGACAACCUGGCUCAAGAGAAAUCCCCGUUUCCCUCAGAAGAGCCGAUCUUUUCUGAAAAAACCGGCUGCCAAGACACAGACGGUGUCUACAAAACGUGGUACUGGGAAGAAGGCAGUGCAUCAUGGCCGCAUGCUCUUUGUGAAGGGUCGCUUUAGCAAACAGUGCGUGGCCUUACCCAUUCGACCAGCCGCAACUCGACAUGGAGCUCCUUCACCUCCAGAAAGCAAUCAAGUGGUCAAGAAGGCGUUGCGAAGACACGUGGAAGCUGAUUCUUGCAUUGGUGCUAGCGACAGUGGUCAAGCCUUAAAACAUGGCUUCAAACGUGCUGGCAUCCCAGCCGCCCAUGCACGCCAUCACCUGGAUGAAAUGACACCUUUGGUUUCGAUUCCCAAAUGGAAACUUUCCGACAAACAGAGAAAAACUUUGAAAGAUGCAGCCAAAUCUUCUCGUGGCGGCAAGAAAGCAGCUCUGGAAAUGAAAACAGUCUUUCAAAUUGUUGGUGGAGAUAACGCCACAGAAUGUGAAGUCAAUCGCACGAAGUCUCAGCUGCGACGAACCAAUGCACUUGGCCGUGGCAGCCCUGCGAAUGCACAUGUGGACCAACUCUCGGCACGCAGACUUUUGCGACUACCUGGCCUUUUGAAUGUCCUCAAUGCCAUAGGCAACGUCCGGAACAAAGUGAAACUUGCCUUGGGACAUGAACCUAAAGACUUCCUAGUCUUGGACAAACACAGCUCUUGGCUGUUCGAAUGA